AUGAGGGGCACAGGCGUCUUUUCCACCUUGGGUAUUCUCUGUGUUGUUUUGUCACUUAAACGUUGUAACGCUAACAAGACAGAGCUCAUAAUUGGAUCGCUGGAAAGAAGCGAGGAUAAAGACAGAGGGGUUCAACUUGGAAUCACACACGCCAUCCACGUCGCUAAAAACUCUUCGAGCUUGAAAGAUUUCCUCAAAAAGUAUGAAAUAAGGAUCGUUUCUUAUCAUACCAGAGGAGAUGUAACAUCAAGUAUUAAUUCCGCCACUCAUGCCUUAAGGUACAGGAAGGGCGGAUUCCCUUUACUUCUGCUCGGACCUCAAACCUCUUCUGAGGCCUCCACGGUUCUUAUGAUCGCAAGAUAUUACCGAAAGUUAAUGGUUACGUAUCUGACGACAACUAACGAUGACAGCGAGAGAAGGGAUCCAUACGGAUUCACAUUCGCUCCAACACAACUUACCUACAUCAAAACUGUUUUAAAGAUAAUGAAUCACUUUAAAUGGAAAAGAUUCGCGAUUGUUUAUGAUUUCCUGGAGACGCAAGGUCUUUAUGUUAAGAAUGUUGAAAGCCUUAUGAUGAACACUGACUCUACGAUAAUUGGCCAUGAAGCGAUAAAUACUGGUGAAGUUAAUUUUAGAAGCAGAAACCAGGAUAUCCAAGACAAGCUUAGAAAACUAAAGGAUUCAGAUUCCAAAAUAUUCUAUGGGGCAUUCAGCAGCAGAGGAGCGUCGCUGGUAUUUUGCGAGGUAUUCAAAAUGGGUUUGUUUGGACCAGAGUUUGUUUGGAUCUUGCACCCGAAUGCUGGAAACAUCGACCUUUGGGUUCGCAGCGCCGAGAUUGAAAGAAGAAAGAACCGGUCUGGCCUUUGUAGCAGAGAACAAUACCAACAAGUAGCAGAAAGAAUUUUCAUACUCGACAAAAACAUCAUAAAUCGCAGUGAUGAGAAUACAACUACUGCUUCAGGCUUGACUUUAAGACAAAUAUUCAAUACUCCAGAUGUGGGAGCCUUAAGAAAAUCACGGAAAAUCGAAAUGACCAUUGCGUUUGAUACAAUGUGGGGCGUUAUGCUGGCUUUGAAAGAAAGCAGUAAGGAACUGCCAAACUCUAUGCCUCUGGAGGAGAAUGUGAAAAGUUUCCUUGGAAAUGCCCGAAUAACGAAAACCAUAGAACUCAAAUUACGUAAUGUCAGCUUUGAAGGACUCACGGGACCUGUUUCAUUUACUAAGAAUGAGGAAAGAAGUGGAAUCAUAAUAAUAAGGCAAUAUCAAGCCGAUAGAACGACGCUGGUUCCCAUUGGUGAGUACCAUAUUAUACAAGAUAAAUUCGUGGUAUAUGAUGAAUUCAAGGACACUUUGUGGAAAGAUAAUCAUCAACCUAUGGAUCACUCACAGAGGGAACUAGAGUUCAUGAAGAUUCAAGUGCCAUUGAUAGCAGCUAUGUGGGGGUUUGCAGCUAUUGGAAUAGCCUGUUCAUCAGGUUUUUUGUGUUUCAACAUAGGAAACCGUAAAAAGAGUGUUAUCAAGAUGUCCUCACCUAACCUCAAUAGCAUCAUCGUUAUGGGUUGCAUGUUGUGUUACGCCGCUGUGAUUUUGAUUGGACUCGAUGUGAGGUUCCUGUACGUGGAGGAAUACACCUUCGUUUGUAAUGCCCGAAGUGCAGUGUUGUGCAUUGGAUACUCUCUCUCAUUUGGCGCAAUGUUCAGCAAAACCUGGAGAGUUCACAAAAUAUUCACGGCAGGGUUAAGUCGUGACAAAAUGGCAAUCAAGGAUAGCCAUCUGCUAGUUACUAUAGCUGCAUUGCUGAUGAUCGAUGUGGUGUUUUUGUCCUUCUGGAUUUUAACAGAUCCGCUCCAAGCUAAAAUACUAACGUUUGAAGAGAGGGUGAGAGAUUUCAUUUUUAAAACCCUGGAAAACCACAUUGUUACUAUCCCAGCGUUGUAUCAAUGUACUUGCAGAUACAAGACGUAUUUCCUUGCGUUCGUGUUUACCUAUAAAGGCUUGUUAUUGUUAUUUGGUAUUUUUCUUGCCUGGGAGACACGCAAUGUUGCUAUUCCUGCUCUGAACGACUCCAAGUACAUCGGGAUGUCAGUUUAUAACGUGUUCGUUUUGUCCAUUAUUGGUGCGUCUGUGUCUCUGGCUUUUCAAGGAUCUGUGCACUACGAGGCUCCAUAUGCCAUUUUAUCAAUAUGCCUUAUCAUGAGUACAUCUGUCACUUUGCUUCUGGUGUUUGUGCCCAAGUGGAGUCGAGGAAUGUGUCUCAAAGACCGAUAA